CGCACACACACACACACACACACACACACACACACACACAGCAACCAAUCUGUCAGCAUUGUUAUUUUAUUGUUGUACAAAUUAGGCAUGUGUAUCUUGUCUUUUUGCUCUGUUACUCUCAAAUCCAAGGCAGUCAUGCACAGAAUAACAACCUUUAAUAAACUUUAACUUUGUGACUUUGUGCUGCCCUCUCUGCGUUAAGUAUUCAUUAUAUUCUCCUUUGCUUAAUGUUUCGUGGAUAACCAAUUAACUCUCUUUGACAGAAGCUUGAAAAUAUUCCCAGAAAAGAAAAAGAAAAAAACAAGUUUGCAGCUUUAAUCAUUAAUUAUAAGAAGCCAGAACUGGGCCAGGUGUAUGCACGUGUAUGCAGGUAUUCAUGUACCAGGGGAGAUUUCACUCAUCCCACUCAUGAUAAAAGGAGAAAUUUCUUGCAGUGGUGUUCAGAAAGCCCUCCUAUCCUGCUGGCACAUGGUUUCCUACCUGCAUCACAGUGCAGCACGUCUUGGUGGCGCACUGGCCAGGACUCGUGUAAAGUCUGCGGUGGCUCUGGUGUUUUGACUGCAGAGCUUUUCUUUCUUUUUCUUUUUUUUUUUCCUCCCUCUGAGCCCUCGAAGAGGUUCACUGCUACGUCUCAGUCACGUGGCUCUCCUCAGUGAAGGCUUUGCUCUCUGCGGCUCUUUGGCACAGCCAGCGAUGUUGAGGCUGAAAUGUGAGAUGCAACACAGAGGGACUCGCUCAUAGAGGCAAAGUUAUGGCACGGUCAUCAUCGGAGAAAAGGGUCCCGCAGCAAAUUUUCUCUGCCAAAAAGUCCCUCACCGGUGACGAGCACGGCUUUCUGGGAUGCGCAACUCCGCAACGAGAUAUCACACAAUUACGCGUCAAGUUCAACUAAUUGAAAAUUGGGACAGAAGCUCUUCGAGGACUGGAGGAGAGCUCAGCAGUGUUGAGUUGAGUGAGGAACACGAUGCAACAGGCCUGUUUAGUGGAGAUAACAACUAGUUCACAGCUGCAUACGGUGUAACACUAAUCUUGAUGCAGCCAUAGUUACAAGUGCCCUUCGACCAACCUGAGAAUGACACUCAGACAAUAGGAUUCCUGAGUUUCUUUGUCAGAGCCUUCAGGUAUUCAACCAAAUCAGCAUAAGAGUGAAACCUAGGCAGCCAUGAAUCUGUUCAGGAAGGAUGGCAUGACAAAUAAAAAGGAGAAGGAGAAAGAGAUCCAGUAUGAGGACCCUCCAGAUGGAGGUUGGGGCUGGAUGGUGGUGCUGCAUUGCUUCCUGGUAAAUGUCCUCGUGAUGGGAACACUGAAGAGUUUUGGGAUCUUCUUCGUGGCAUUUCAAGAUGAAUUUGGAGGCUCAUCAGAGAGCAUCAGCUGGAUCGGUUCCAUCAUGUCAAGUCUGCGUCUGUCUGGAGCACCCCUUGCCUCUGUGGCCUGUGCCAAGUUAGGAGCCAGAGUGACCUCCAUUGCCGGAGCAGUGCUGGUUAGUGGAGGCUUCCUCAUAAGUAUUUUCGCCAACAGUGUUGUGUUCCUCUACAUCAGCAUGGGAGUGAUAGUUGGAAUGGGUUUUGCACUACUAUACCAAUCAUUCUCAGUAGUCACAGCGAUGUACUUCCGAAAGAAGCUAGCAACAGCGUAUGCGAUUGGGCGUUCUGGGAUGGGUUUGACCUUCGCACUUGCUCCAUUCACUCAGCUGCUCUUGGACCAAUAUGCUUGGCAAGGGGCAAUGCUAAUUCUUGGCGGCCUCAUGCUGAAUCUGGUGGCCUCUGGGAUGCUCCUGCGACCCAUCAAUGUAAAGCCGGCUGUGUCAAACCCUACCUCUUCUCCCAUCCAAAAGAGCCCUGCUGUUUCCCUCAAGAGCUCCUCAGAGAAGGAAUACACUAAGAGCUGCUUGAAUGGCUUAUCCAAUGGCAUCUCCAAAUCAGACUCAUUCCCAUCCCCUCCUCCUGCCCCUCACGAGGAUGUUGAAAAACUGGGGGGGCAGUGUACUCAGGAACUCCAGGACCAGUCUGUGAACCCUGAACUGACCAGACUGGUCCUCAAUGGUGUGAAUGGCCAUGAACCCCACCAUGACUUGGGUCAGUGUAAACCCACAAUUCAGGACAGUUCUGCAGACCUCAAUGGCAGCAUGAAUGGGUCUACCAUUGUUGGAUUUCCCUCACACGCCAGCACACCAAGUGAGAUGCCUGUUAGCAAAGCCAAAGUACUGGAUUUCUCCCUGCUAAAGGACCCAUUCUUUUGCAUCUACACUUGGUCAUUGGUCUUCAGUCAGCUGGCCUACUUUAUCCCAUAUUUCCACUUGUCUGCCCGUGCCAGAACCCUGGGCAUCGAUGCCAUGGAUGCUUCCUUUAUCAUCUCUGUGGCAGGUAUCACAGAAACUAUUGCUCAGCUAGCCUCGGGCUGGGUGACAGACAGGAACCUGUUCCAUAAAUACCACUACCACAAGGCCUACCUGAUCCUCUGUGGCCUGGUCAACCUGCUGUCCCCACUGGCCACCUCCUACAUCCUGCUGAUGGUUUACGCCGUCUUCUUUGCCAUCUUCUGUGGUGGAUACAUGGCUCUGCUGCUGCCUGUGCUAGUAGAUCUUGUGGGGUCGGAGAAACUCAAUAACUCCAUGGGCUUCUCCAUGUUCUUUGUUGGUCUGGGUUGCCUCACAGGGCCUCCUUUGGCAGGGUUCCUGUAUGACUACACUCAGACUUAUGACUGUUCUUUCUACCUGGCUGGCCUCUGUUAUUUGCUCUCCUCCCUCUCGCUGUUCAUGGAGCCACUGGCUCAGCGUUGGAAGGCCAGGAACAAACUGACUCGGGACAAGAGAGCAGAAAGCAGCUGUAAGACCAAUGGCUGUUUCACCCCUGAACGCCUACAGAAUUGCACAAAUGAAUCCCAGGGAAGGCCUUCGAUUUUGAACCAGCAUGCUAAUAACGUGGUAUAGGCCUGCAUACCUUGGACCUUGGACACUAUCUUAAAGUCUGGACCCAAGUGAACCUUAAUUUGAGCAGGGACGUAACAUGGGCCAAGGAGAAAAAGUUUAUGACCUGCCUAAGAUGUCUAAGAACAUACAGUAGUCUGGAUGUUGGUGAAGAGAUGAUUAUGUUGAAAAAGCCAAAAUUUUAGUGCUCUCCAAAAUAUUUUAUCCAAGAUUUUCUGUUCUUAUCAGAGGUACAAUACAUGCAUCCAAACUGAAGAUAAUCCCUUUCAUACAUCAUCCAGCAGAUUUUAAUAGUAGCAGUUUUGCAGCCAUAACUUAUUAUUAAACAUUUUUUCAAGUGCAACAAAACUGCGCUCGCUUUGCAGUACCUUUUUAUUGCUGGAAUCAAAAUCCCAUCUUCAGCUAUUCCUUUCUGUGAUGACUUUAAUGGAAACACAUGAAGACAUAAAUUUUCACCUGAUUCCUUUGGAAGCCUUUAUCUGUAUCUGUAAACCUGUACUCACUGAUAUGCACUUUGGGCCAAGUUGUGAUUAUGCUGCAUGACAUUUCCCCUGACCGGUAUAAAUGGUGUGCUCACAUUUCCGUGAUGUACACUCAUAUUCUCGUAUAUAUCUUUACUAUUAAUAUACUGGAGGCUUUUUUGUCAAUUACUUCAGCAUGCUUUCAUGUAGACUCACCAUUCAAACUUCAACAUGAGCUGAGAUAUCUGUGCACCUCUUCAGAUUUCUGGAUAUCAUUUAGCUUUUCUACACGUCAUUUUCUUUUCCUUUUUAAUCCCUUCAUAUUCAUUUAUACUUAUAUACUACCUUUUGUACUUAAUUAAUUGUUUUUCUUCAUCUCAUCAUUUGUCUGGAAUCGCAGUUGAAGCUUUAAACUUUUUUUCAGUGCUUUUCAGGAGUAAUGUGUGUUGUGCUGGUGACACCGAUUUCUGGCAAUGGAGCAUUCAAAGGCAGUGAGACGUUGGACUAAAAUCUCAGCACAUAACCUGACCCUUUAACUUAUUUUACUGAUUUCACAUAAAGUAACCCUUUCAUCCUUUUUUUUUUUUAAACUCUUUACAUGUCAACUGAUUUCAUCUCCUACUCUUUGACCUUAAAGUGCUUUCAGUGUCACUGCUUGGAUGAACUCUUUCACUGCUUACAGUUCACACAUUUCACUUCCAACUACGCCCCACAGUAAACACAUCUUGACAUUACAGCUGCUUUCAUCUCUCUCUUAAAGUGACUUCAGUCAGCUGCUGUCACUGAGUACACAGCAACUGACAAUUAAGAGAGUACACACUUCAACUGCGCAUCUAGUACUUAAACAGACAGGAUAACCAUGUUCAGACCCAAACACAUCCUGUCUCCUGAAUGAAAUUUCACAAUUCAACUGAUUUCAGCUGCCUUUAGCUCUAACGCUUUAACUGACACCUCAGCACUUCAAUGUUAAUCACAUUUUAAUGUGUUUUAACCCAUUUGGUGUUUGCACCUGCAGUUUUUAGUGCAAGUGAGCAUGCUUAAUACUUUUCUUUUUUAAUUGAAACCUUUUAAACACUGCAAAAAAACCACAAACUGCCUUUCUCCUUUUUGUUGAGCAGCAAUGAGAAUCCACUUUUGAAUAAUACCUUCAGAUAAGACAUUGCCUGUGAGCUAUCUAUGCAAGUGCACACCUGUCACUAACAGCUCACCGACCACCUCCUGAAAGAAGACGCCUGUUUGCUCAAGAUUUAAGUUGGCCUCCUAAAUAUUUUGAUUACAUUUGAACUGAGUGGAUAUGGAGCAGAUGAGCUCCUCUGAACAGCAGGGGUUUCUGUGUGAUUAUGUGUCAUUUUAUCAACUUUCAUGUCUGUGAAUCAUCUGACCCACUCUGUUACAAAUAUGUUUUGCCGGGGUUGCCCAUAUAAAUGUAGAUGCAUGGUGCCCCAACUGGACUUUUAGGAAACUGUUGCCCAGCCUUUACAGUGCCUGCAGGCAGCCAAUUAAUGGCAAUGCAACUUUUAAUUAUAUUGUGUUAAUAUAUGGGAGUCUGUUGAAUCCUUUUUUUAUGUAGCAGAGGUUGUUGUGUUUUCACCAGUUUGCCUUACAAGGUACUGUAUUGUAUCUUUACUAACUUUUCUGUGAUGUCAGCCAAAGACACAUUAGAAACCUACCUACAACUUGAAGUUUAUCAUUAGUAAAUAAUAAUAAUAGUUUAGAAGAUUUAUACCAUUUAAACCACUAUGACCGCACAUUAUUCAGUCAUUUCCAUGAAGCGACAGACAUGUUUUAUUAUGCUGCCCUCUUGUGGCAGAGGAAUGCUUCUACGCAAAGAAUGCUGUCUCAAUUAGUACCAAAUUAUUCCCCCUCAACUCACUUUCACAAUACUGAGCAAGGCUCUUUGUAUUGUUUCAAUAACGACAGUCAUGCACAAAAGCUCUUUUGGCUCACGAGUUGCAUUCACCACCAGUAUGCUUUUGUGAUUGAGGACCACUGAAUAUUUUGUACCAUAAUACAUUUUUCAUGGAAAGUAUUUGAUGCUUUAAAAAGGUAGAAUUUGGUUUCGGGUUAUUUGACUUGUUAGUUAUCUGGAUAUUUUAAGGAAGCAUAUGUUGGAGAAAUAUAUUACAGAAUUUUUAUGUCCCUUUGGUAAUGUCUCAAACACCACUGAUAAGGCGUUUGAUCUCAUGUUUUUGUUGCAGCAAUUGCAGUUAUGGGUAAAGCACUGUUUUGUCACUACUCUGGCUCAUAGAUUUGUGAACUGAUAGUUUAGAAAAUAUGCUUAACCAAUCAUAGAUAUCCUGUUCUGAGCCCUUAGAGUUCAUUUUUAAGCCUUGUAACAGUGCACAGUCAGCUGUAAUAAACUGAAAUGUGACUCAA